AUGUAAUUUAUUGAUGAAGAUAGUGAUGUCUAAUAGAUUUGCAUUCAAAAUUUAUAAUGCCUCGAUUAAUUUUGUUAGAAAAGUCACCCUAGAGCCUUUGCUGGGAUAUGCAUUGGGUUUAUUUAAGGUUUUUGUUAAAAUCAAGAAAUAUGCGGGUUACAUCAUUUUAGUAUUGAAUAAUUAAGAGACAAAAUUCAAUAACACCCAAUUAAUGGAAUCAGAUAAUAUAAUUUAUGCCCCAACAAUUGUGAUAACAUAAAAUGUAGAUUUUUACAUCCACCUUGGCUAAAAUAAGUUUGUUUAUAAUGUUUAAAUAAAAAAAAGCAAUGCUAAGCGGAGCCAAACUUAAUUCAUAAAAUUACUUGGGAUAAAUUAAGAGAUAUUGUAUAUAAAGAGUAUUCUAUUUCUGGAUUAAAUCCAGAAAUAUUUUGUGAUGAGAAUAUUUGCGAUUGUCCUGCAAAAAAAUUCAAUAUAGAUAAAUUUUGUAUUAAGAAUUUUAAAGGUUGUUGUCCAAUGUUGGACGAUAGAUGUAUAAAACCACAUAGAGCUUGGGAAAGUUUUAAAUUUAAUUCGAUCUUUUAAGAAUAAUAAAAUGCCAUUGUAGCAAAAGGCUGUAUAAAAUUUGAUGAAAGGCAAAAAAGCUUUAUUAAAUAAUAAUAAAAGCCACCUUAAUUGUAAAUAUUUAUAGAACAAAGUUCUCUCUUUUCAAUGGUUAACUAAAUUGAACUUAGACCUUAAGUGGAUAUUAUAUUUAUUAUUGAUUGUACAAUAAGCAUGGAAAAUUGGUUAGUUGCAGCUAAAUAAAAUAUUAAAUUAAUAAUUAAAGAAUUUACAAAGAAGAUUUCAGUUUCAUCUUGUGUAAGAAUAGCUGCUGUUUGUUAUCGAGACUUUAGUGAUGGACCUAAUCAUAUCUAAUAUCAUGAUUUCACUGUCUAGCCAGAGGAAAUAGAAAGGUUUAUUGAUAAAUUUUAACCUUAAGGAGGGGAUGAUAUACCUGAAGAUUUAAUUGGAGCUUUAGAUGUUGCAUACAAUUUAAACAUAUCAAAACAUCCUGAUAGUAUUUUAUAGAUAUUCACUAUAACUGAUGCACCUUGUCAUGGUAGUAAAUAUCAUAAUGUAUUGUUUGAUGAUAAGAAAGAAUAGAGUAAUUUAGAGGAGAAAAUAGAAAAAUUUGUAAAGAGAAAGAGCCGAUUUUUUUUUUCUUUUAUUUCAAUAAGGGAAUAGACAGAAAAAAUGGAAAAAAUUUUGAGAUAAUGUAUUCCUAAUUAUUAAAGUGCAAAAAUUACAGAAACAAAAUUUUCAGAUUAUGUUUUAUUUUCUUUAUCUGCUACAAUGAAUAAAGCUACUAAAAUAGAAGAUGAUAAUAAUUUUUUAUAUAGAGAAUCUAAAUAUAAAAAAUAAAAACAAAUGAAUUUUAUUUUUGAAUCAAGGGGUGGCUCAUACUUGAGUUAAUUUAGAAAACAAAUGAAAUAGACAAAGAUCAAAAAAAAAAAAACUUUGUUGUAAAUUGAAAAAGCUGAACUUAAUCUCUAAAAUCAUGAAAAAGGAUAAAACGUUUUGGUGUUUAAAGCAUUUGAUCAAAAAAAUAAUGUUUAUGUUGUAUUGAAGAUUCCUAAGUUUAUCAUUUAACAGUUUAAAAAAACUUAACUUAUUUCUGAAGAAUUAUAAAUUAAAGCAAAAAAUUAUGCUAAAAACAGAUAUUAAUAAUAACUUAUUGCUAAAUAAUUAUCUCAUCAUUUUAAUUAAUAAUGUCAUUAAUCUUAGGGAAAAUUUGUCCCUAUUUUUUAUUCCACACCAUAUAUUUAUUCUUUUGAUAUACCAAUAUUUGGAAUUAAGUUCGUUUAUGGAGAAAGUUACAUUGAUUUGGACAUUCCUUGGGUGAAAUAUAGUAAUAAUGCUGAUUUCUUUGAGAAAGAAUAUAAUUUUACUACCUUUUCCCAUUUUACAUAUGUUAAAACAAAUUAAAGUCUCAUUAUUACUGAUUUAUAAGGUAAGUUAAAUUUAUUUAGUGAUCCAUGUAUCCAUUCUAAAGAAUUAGAAGAUGAAGGAAACUGCCAAGAAAUAGGAUGCAAUAAUUUUUUCUAAUUUCAGCAUUAAAAUUGUACUUCUUUAUGUAUAAGCCUUAAAUUGCCCAAAAAUCAACUUCAAUAAGAUGCAUAAUAAAAAGGGGAAUAGGAGUAUAUAGUUGAUGUAUUUGGAGGUAAAAUUGAUAGAAGCAAACUUGAAAAAAUUUGUGCAAAUUGUAAUACUCAAGAAAAAUUAUUAAACUUAAAUGAUUAUUCAGAAAUAUGCAGGGCAUGCAACGAAAAAUAACAUUAGUAAGAAGAUUGUUUAUGUGAAUGUUGUAAAGAAAAAUUUUAAAUUUCUACUAAUUAUGAAUAAUUAUUAGAAACUGCAGUAUAUUUAUGCCAAAGUUGUAAAAAAAGUGAUUGUAAAAACUUUUAAGAGAGAUGUCAUUAUUGUUAAACUGGAAUUUGUAAGCAAACUAUCAAAACAAUUUAAGUUUUAAACAAAACUUAUUACUUAUGCUUAGAUGCAUUUCAUUACUUGAGAUAGAUUAGAUGCAAACUUUGUUCUCAAGAAUAUAAAUUUUAGAACUUGUUGACAAAUGAUGAGUACUGUGAAAAUAAUUACACUUGUAAUUCUUGUGUCUCAUAGAAGAAUAAUUGA